AGAUAUAGGAGAAAUAUGCAAUCCAUGUGCAACACGACGAAAUUACUUUAGUUAGUCAGUCUUUAUUAAUCUAGAAAUCAUGGCUAACGCUAACAUCGAGGAUAUUGAAGAUGUUAUAACUGCAGACAGUCUUGAUUCAAAUAAUCAACUGAAGAAGACAUCAUAUAACAUUGUCAAGCGGCAAAUAUCCUUAGAGGAAACUCCACACGUGGAUAGUUUUGUACCGGGCCUUCACAAAAUCUACUUGAAAACGUGGGGAUGUUCUCACAAUAAUUCAGAUUCUGAAUACAUGGCAGGAUUGUUAUCAAAAGCAGGCUACGAUUUAACCAACAACAAAGACGAAGCCGAUUUAUGUUUAUUAAAUAGCUGUACAGUCAAGAGUCCUGCUGAAGAUCAUUUUCGAAAUGAAAUAAAAUCGAGCUUAGAUAACGGCAAACGAGUAGUUCUGGCCGGAUGUAUACCUCAAGGACAAAAGAAUACCCAAUAUAUAAAAGGUUUAAGCAUAAUUGGGGUUCAACAGAUUGAUAAAGUUUGCCAAGUGGUUGAAGAAACUUUAAAAGGGAACUCUGUUAGUUUUCUCUCCGCAAGAAGGCAAAAUGGAAAACGUUUAGCUGGACCAUCUCUUUCUUUACCUAAAGUAAGAAAAAAUCCUCUGAUAGAAAUUAUUCCCAUCAAUACAGGUUGUUUGAACAAUUGUACGUAUUGUAAAACGAAGCACGCAAGAGGAGAUCUCGCCAGUUACCUACCAGAUGAAAUUAUUAACAGAGCGAGAGAUUGCUUUCAGGAGGGUGUUGUUGAGAUAUGGUUAACUUCAGAAGAUCUUGGAGCUUAUGGAAGGGAUAUUAACACAAAUUUACCAGAACUUUUAAGGGGCUUAGUACAAGUAAUACCUGAAGGGUGUCGCCUAAGACUAGGAAUGACAAAUCCCCCAUACAUUUUGGAGCAUUUAGAAGAGAUAGCAGAUAUAAUGAACCAUAAAAGAGUCUAUAAAUUUUUACACGUACCUGUUCAAAGUGGAUCUGAUGAGGUCCUUCAAGACAUGAAGAGAGAAUAUACUAAUGAAGAUUUUUGUAAAGUAUGUGAUGUAAUUAAAGCUAGAGUAAAUGAAGCGAACAUUGCUACAGAUAUUAUAUGCGGUUUUCCUACUGAAACGGAUGAUAAUUUCGAAGAUACAAUGAAGCUUGUCGAUAAAUACAGAUUUGCAAGUUUAUUUAUAAAUCAGUUUUUCCCACGUCCUGGAACUCCUGCCGCUAGAAUGCAAAAGAUUGAUCCUCAAGAAGUAAAGAAGAGAACAAAACGUCUUCACGAACUUUUCCAUUCUUACAGACCUUACGAUCAUUUAAUGGACACUGAACAAGAUAUUCUAAUAACAGAAAUGGCAAGUGACGGUAUCAACUAUGUUGGUCAUACCGAGAGUUAUCAUCAAGUUAUUGUUGCCCCAGAUCCAAAACUUAUGGGUAAAAUUGUCCGAGUUAGAAUAACGGAAACCGGCAAGCAUUUCUUAAAGGGGAUUCUCUUUAAAAAAUCGACUACAGUUGGACUUUUAGAACAAAAUUACCUUCUCUAUUUAUUAUCUAUACCAACAAUAACAUUUUUCUUGUUCAAAUUGGCAAAAAGAAUACGAGUUAAUUGGUUCUAAAAAAGAAACAAAUCUUUCUACA